AUGAUCGCGAAGAGCGGGAGGAUGAGAACCUUCAGUGGCUGGGAGGCGAAGACGACUGGAUGGGGCCGUCCUUCGCAGGGUCUGGGCUCCGAGAGUGAAACCGCGGUGUGUAGAGCGGAACCUCCCCCGAGUCAACCCUUCCCUUCAUAUGGACCCCCUCAGCAAACUGCUCCCUUUUCUCAGUUUGGCCAGGGUGCUGGUGUGAGUCAGCAGCAAACCUUCCAACCUCAGCCACUGCAGCCUGCAUUCCAACCGCCCCCACCAGUGCAGCCGAUUCCACCUGCCUUUCAACCUCAACCGUUGCAGCCAACUUUCCAACCCCAACCGGUGCAGCCGGCUUUCCGACCCCAACCGGUGCAACCGGCUUUCCAGCCUCAACCGGUGCAACCGGCCUUCCAACCUCAACCUGUCCAACCCCGACCUCGACCACAACCCCAGCCCCAGCAGCCCCAGCAGUCGCACGAUCACGAUCACGACCACCAUGCAGGUCUAGAUUGGUUGAGGGACUCCGUGCCUGGCGAACCUGGCGUGGAUUACCCCAUCUUCUCAUACCAGAACAAACCGGAAACUGGAUUCUCCUGUAACGGUCGAGUGACUGGCGGAUAUUACGCCGACGUCCAGGCACGGUGCCAGGUGUUCUGGGUAUGUGCCCCUGACCCUCUACAAGGUCUCCGACCCGUCGCUUUCCUCUGCCCCAAUGGCACCAUCUACAAUCAACAAGCUUUCACCUGCGACUGGUGGUUCAACGUGGAAUGUCAGUCGUCCGAGGGAUUCUAUGGAUUGAACGACGAGAUCGGGAAAGUCCCCGAAGGCGCCGGACAGUUCCAGACUCAGGUGCGAUCUGAAAUCCCCCAUCAUCAUCAUCAUCUUGCUUUGCUUUCCUAUACAGGUCACGCUGUCACGGACAAUGAGAAACGGUGGGAAUUCUUCUCAGACUAA